AUGUAUGUUCGAUCAACUGGAUACACGGUUACUGAAGAUGUGCUCCUUUGUCAAGUAUUCUUGGAUAUUUCUCAAGACCCUAUUAUCGGUAGAAACCAGUCUCGAGAUGCAUUUUGGUCUCGUGUGGAGGACAAAUACAAUGAACUUCGAGAUCAGCAUUUUGAGAUGCGUACGAGCCGAUCAAUUCGUUCUCGAAUGGAAAUCAUAAGUAAUGAAGUAAGGAAAUUGAAUGCGUGCUUGAGACAAGUAGAGAAUCUGAAUCCAAGUGGUGCUUCAGAUGAAGAUAUUUUAGUUCGAGCAAAGAUGUUAUUUAUGCAAGAACCAAAGUACAAAAAAGGUUUCAAAUUUGAUCAUGUCUGGAAUAUGGUUAAAAAUUUCGAAAAAUUCAAAGAUGAUGUCCCCACAGCAAGACAAGUUAGUCGAAGACAAUCCCAAAGUGUGAACUUCGAUUCGUCACAAUCAGAUAAUCCCACUCCGGAAUCUCCUAUAUCAACAUCUCCUGGACUAUCAUCAUUUACUCCAUCUGAACGACCUAUUGAGGUAAAAAAAGCUAAAUUGAAAAGGAAAAAUGAUGAUCAUGAGUCAAGUGUAGUGGACUCCAUCGAGACCUCCAACAAUCGACUUAUAGACAGGUUAGACAAGGCGAGCUUGGACAGGUUUGGGUCAUCUUUCAUUUCUACUGAAGGCGUAAGCGGUAGUGAAAAUAGGAAUUCUAGUAUCCGAACUGGUGUUAACAGCCGCGAUUUUAAUAUAAGAGGAAGAUCUAGUGAUUUUGAUAUAAAUAAAAAAUACCGAAAUUUAUGGGUUCAAUGCGAAAAUUGUUAUGGAUUAAAUUAUAAAAAAUUUUUUAGGUCAAAACUGCAUAUUUGUGAACAGUGUGGAUAUCAUUUGAAAAUGAGUAGUUCAGAUAGAAUCGAACUUUUGAUUGAUCCUGGCACUUGGGAUCCUAUGGCUGAAGAUAUGGUCUCCAGGGACCCCAUUGAAUUUCAUUCAGAGGAGGAACCUUAUAAAGAUCGUAUCGAUUUUUAUCAAAGAAGGACGGGUUUAACUGAAGCUGUUCAAACAGGUAUAGGUCAACUAAAUGGUAUUCCCAUAGCAGUUGGGGUUAUGGAUUUUCGGUUCAUGGGAGGUAGUAUGGGAUCCGUAGUAGGCGAAAAAAUCACCCGUUUGGUCGAGUAUGCUACUAAUCGAUCUCUACCUGUCAUUAUUGUGUGUGCUUCUGGAGGAGCACGCAUGCAAGAAGGAAGUUUGAGCUUGAUGCAAAUGGCUAAAAUAUCUUCUGCUUCAUAUAAUUAUCAAUCAACUAAAAAGUUAUUCUAUGUAUCAAUCCUUACAUCUCCUACAACUGGUGGAGUAACUGCCAGUUUUGGUAUGUUGGGAGAUGUUAUUAUUGCUGAACCCAAUGCCUACAUUGCUUUUGCGGGUAAAAGAGUAAUUGAACAAACAUUAAAUAAAACAGUACCCGACGGUUCACAAGCGGCUGAGUAUUCAUUCCAUAAGGGCUUAUUCGAUCCAAUCGUACCACGUAAUCUUUUAAAAGGUGUUCUGAGUGAGUUAUUUCAGCUCCACGGUUUCUUUCCUUUGAAAAAAAAAAAUGCAAAAAAAAAAUAUCGAAAUAAAAUGAAAAUAUAGAAUAUAAUAUAUAGAAUAGAAGUAGAAUAGAAGCGAUUUCUAUGUUUAACAAGAACUCCCAUUUUUUACUAGAAAUCCCUGUUUGUUGGAUUGAAUUAGUUUAGUUAUAGUCGCGAACUUAUAAUAAACUCUUUAAUUUUAAUAAAUAAUAAAUUAAUAAAAAACUUUUUUUUUUUUCGAAAGAUAGAAAGAAUAAAAGAAAAAAAAGGAUGGGAUAAUAUAAAAUUUCUUAAACUUAAAUCGCAUUAUCAUACAUAUUCGUGUAGAAAGAUGAAUAGGUACACUUCAUUUAGUUCUCAUUCCUUGCACUUAUUAAUUACUUAAAUAUUAUUUAUAAUAGUUUAUACUUAUCAUAAGAUAUCUUUAUAAUAGGUACAAAUAUUAAAUCGAGGUACCCAUUCUAUGACAGAUCUUAACUUACCCUCUAUUUUUGUCCCUUUAGUGGGCCUAGUAUUUCCGGCGAUUGCAAUGGCUUCUUUAUUUCUUCAUG